AGGUUCUAAACAGUUUCCGUUCAUUUCCGGUAUUUAGAGAUCUAGUAAAUAAAAACAACAUGGCAAGCAUGAACAGCGAGACAGAUGAUGAUGAUUAUGAUUAUAGUUCAGAAAACUCAGCAGGAGAUAGACUUUCAGACUUAGAAGAUGACAGACAUUCUGACAUAGGUACAGAAGGAAAUCCACAAGAAAAUGUUGAAGAAAAAUCUGGAAUGGCCAGUGUUGUGGCUAGAAUCUUAUCUAAAGACAUUUCCAAAAGCAAUAGAGUGUUGCUUGCAAAGGGAAAGACAAAUAAAGAAAUAUUGAAAGAUAUAUCAGACAGAAAAAGACUAAGGGAAGAAACUAAGGAUGGAGAUGGCCUUACAAAACCAAAGAAUUCAAAAAAGAUAGAAAAAAGAAGUGAAUUUUUUAAAGAAGAGAAGAGGAAAAUAUGGGAAUCAAUGGGAAGAAAAAAGCCAUCAGUACUUGAUAAUCCAAGAGAGGUUAGGUUGAGAAAAAUUGCCACACAAGGUAUGGUUCAGUUAUUCAGAUCUGUAAAUGAACACCAAAAGUUGAUGAAAGAAAAGUUAUCUUCAGUGGGGCCUUCAGAACGAAAAAAGGACAUGGUCAUGUCAGAGUUUACAAAAGGAAAAUUUCUUGAUCGUUUGAAGGGAAAAAGCCCCCAGAUUAUGGAUAAUGAUGAUGAAAAGAAAGGCAAAUGGAAAAUUUUACAAGAUGAUUUUAUGUUAGGUGCAAAGAUGAAAGAUUGGGACAAAGAUGAUAAUAGUGAUGGAGAUGCCAAUGAAGAGUCCAUGGAAGACGAUGAUUUAUCAGAUGAUAAUUAAGUUUUUUAUUAAAACAAAGUAUAAAAUAA